AUGCAGGAAAAAUGGGAGCGAUCCAACUGCUUAAGCUUGAUGCUUAUAAAGUCUAGAGUAUCAAAAAGUAUAAGGGGAUCAAUUCCAGAAUGUAAUAAAGCCAAGGAUUACCUAAAGACUAUUAAGGAGCAGUUUGUUAGCUCCGAUAAAGCUUUGGCGAGCAUGGUGAUGAAGCGACUUUCGGGUAUCAAGUACAGUCGAGCCAAGGGUAUGCACGAGCAUAUCAUAGAGAUACGGAACACAGUAGCUCAACUAAAGGUUUUAAAAGUUGAGAUCUCCGAUACUUUUUUAGUCCAUCUAAUUCUAAACUCAUUACCGCCUGAGUUUGACCCUUUUAAGAUCUCUUAUAAUACACAUAAGGAUAAAUGGUCAAUAAAUGAAUUAUUGAUCAUAUGUGUUCAAGAAGAGGAAAGACUUAAGCAGGAGAAGCCGAAAAUUAUAACAGAAUCUGUUAAUUUGGCAACUUAG